AUGGACGGUGGCGCCUCCGUUGGCGAUAUGUUGCCGCAAUGCCAGCAUGCACCGGCGUUCGAAGACACGCGGGAAAGCGAGGACGAGGUCAAGACGUUGAUGGAGAUCUCGCGAAAGCUGUGCCUCGUGGAGGAUCCUCCUGCCGAGCCCUUCAGGUCCAAGUACAAGGCCAGGGAGGCGCUCCAGAAGGCCAGGCAGAACCUAGUCGGCCAGCUCGGCCAGCAGCAUGGUGGUGCUGGUGGUGCAGAGGAGGUGACAUCAGCGGCAGCGGCAGCAGCUGCGGGUCGCGUUGCCGUAAUCGACUACCGUCUGGGGGUGAUCGCCCUGGCCGUCGAGGAGAACUCGGCUGCACAAGAGGCGCUCGAUAAGUGUGCCGACGCGUUCUUCGAAGGGGUGGUGAGCAAGAUCGCCGCGGCCGCCGGCAACGAGGAGGACGAGAGCCACGAUGACCUUGCCAAAGAUGCUGACUCACCCCCCCCCCCUCCUCCUCCCCCUCCGAUCCCGACAGAGCCCCCCGCGGGGAUGGUUUCUCCGUGUCCCCUGGCGUGGGAGUGCCCGGAAGAGGCGGCGGACACGUUGACGCAGCUGGGCCUCCUGUGGUCCGCCCGGGGUUACCCGCGGCGGUCUCUCCUGUACCUGCUGGCCUCCGUGGGCUUUCUGCGGCAGGCGUCUUCGUCUCCCCCCCCGCCGUCGGCACCGGUGCCGCCGUCAACGGCACCCGCCCGCGACGAGGCGAGAGAGGGGGAGAAUGAGGGAGGCAAUGGCAACGAUGAAGGCGAAGCUGUGGCGGCGGGGUGUGAUGGGGGGGCUGGUAGCGGUGACAACCCGACUGCAGCGGAGGCGGCGGCGGAAGGUUCGGGGGAAGGGGGAGAUUCUGGUGGCGACGGGGUGGGCGAGGAGGAGGAGAAGAGGGGCAAGCUGGAGAGCAUGCUUACGCACGUCUUCUACUACCUGGCGCAGGCUUACGGGGUGCGAGACGUGGAGCAAUCGGCCAAGUACUGCGCGCUCACCUUGCAGAGACAGCUAGACGCCUCCCAGCGCGGUGACGGGGUGAAGGUCUCGUUCGAUCCGGGAGAGUGGAGCCGCAACGCGUGCUUCCUGGCUGACUACUACUCCGGCCUGGGGAGGUUCACGGGGGCCGGGAGGUGUCUCCUCGCGGCGCAGGCAGUCCUGCAGCCCGAGGGAUCUGCGGCGGCAGUGCCGACAGGGGGCAAAGAUAACGCCUCCUUACCUCCGCCGCCCCCGGCGAGGGGGAAGGACGAAGGGGAAGAAAAGGGAGAGGACGGGGGCAACGCAAAGAGCGGCGGUGACAGCGGGGGGGCGACGCGGGCAGGGGGUGGGGGUAGGGAGACCGAGAAGGUGUCGACAGCCAACGAGAGGAAGCGCGAGGAGGAAGAAGGGACGGAGGAGGAGAGAGAGCGGCGGAGAGAGCAGCGCGCGGACGUCGACCGGCACAUGGCCAAGCUGUACAUCACGGUGCUGCAGGCCAAGCACCUGGAGCUUGGCAGGGGAGGCGGCGCGGGGGGCGAGUUCUGCAAGGUGCGGACGCGGGAGGAGGAGGAAGAGGAGGAGGGGUUGGUGGCAGGGUUUGCCAGCCUGGGGAUCGGGGAGCUGCCGAUGUGUGACCCAGCUGGUGUGCCGGGCGACUUCGAGUCCGUUCGUGAUGUUUUCAAAAGAGCAAAGAGCCACACGGAACGCGCGCUGCGGCACUACGUUCUGGACGGCUUCGUGACGGCGCACGUGGCGCUGCACCAGGGCCUGAGCAGGGCCUACCUCUACCUCUCCGGGUUCGAGCGGGACGCCAAGAGGAGGCAGGCCAUGUGCACGCGAAGAGCUCAGGCUCUGGAGCCGUUGUUGGACGCCCUGGCCCGCAAGGCGUACGCCCGGCUUCACAAGGAGCUGUCCUUCGAGCUCGGCGAGAUCUAUCAGGACCUGGCCGACAUCAAGACAUUGAGGGCGGAAGAGAAGCUGAAGUCUGGGGGGACGAGGGCCCCCACCGCGCUAGCGUCCGACCUCCGUGGGGCCAACAAGCUCCUCAAGAGCGCCAUAGGGUUCUUCUCGCACUUCGUUGCGAUGUACCACGAGGGAGACCCAAGCGGGGGCUCCGCGGAAUCGCCGUCUCAGCCGGCGAAGGGCAUGGAGCCGGACGAGGCCGUGGGUUACCUGCAGGCCAGGUUCAUGCGCGCUAGGCUCAACGGCAAGCUUAGGCCCCUGACCAGCGAGAAGGAACUGCACGCCCUCCGCGUUAGCUGCGGGGAGUUCGCCUGGCUGUCGGAGCACGCCCGGGGACACCUCAAGUCCGUCCGGGAGACGGCCGGAGACCCCGGCAUCUUCGAGCAGGAGCUGGAGCUUGCGGAGGAGAUGGCGCAGCUGCAGCGGCGCAACAUCGCCAACCUGGAGCAGAAGCUGGAGGAGAAGAAGAAGAUCCAGGCGAAGUAGCCGCGGCAUUUAGCAGCCGUUGCAGCGGCGGCGGCGACGACGGGAGGUGUAGUGAGAUGGCAAUAAUAAUGUAGAACCUAUUGUCUUGAGCUGCGGGCACCGAGCGCAGGCCGUAUUUACGCGGUGGGUUUGUUUUGUCCCAGAAAGUGCGGCAGAGCGGCAACAGCAGGUAUUCGCACGCACCGCUUCGGCUUGUGCGUGAAAAUGGCGGGCUCGAGCUGGUGUUGACGCGUACGGGAGGCAGGCUUAGAUCGAGGAAAAGAAACAUGGCAUGCACGCCAAGGUGCUUGUUGUCAAACAGUCUGGGACAGUUUCAAGGGAUCGAUUGUUGGGCGGAGCAGACAGCACUUCUCUACAGCUGCGCGUCCACCACUUUCGGUCUGCUUUCUGCGUGACGGUUUGAUCCGACACGCCGGCGGCUCCGAAUACAAGAAAGAGAGGUGUAAGGCGUGGAUGUGGUGUAGCCGCCCUUGUCGGCACCCCAUUCCGCAUCACGCACACGGGUGUCUGUGUCUUUGGGGGAAGUCGGGUGAGAUUCCCCCAAAGUCGUGAC